AUGUAUCGAGAGUUUCUAUCGUCAGAUGCAUUGCCUGCAUGGGCGUCGUUCAAUAACAUCAACUUCAACGGUAUCAGGGUCGAAUAUGUGGGAGGUGAACCGGUUGAUUCUGGCCUUGCAGUCAAGCUGCAGCCUUCCAAGCUAGAUUCUUCCAGACCGCUGCUAAGAGUGCCAAGGCAUCUCAUCUUGUGCCAGGAUAUGGUUGAUGCACAUGCAAAAUCCGAUAUGCAUCUGCGAGAAGCCCUUGCAGCUGCCGGCCCGCUGGCAAUGACUCCGAGAGGCGCAAUAAUAAUUUUCUUAAUUAUGAAAAUUACAAAUGCGGUAUCUUUGUCUGAGCCAAAAUCCGUCGGUGUCAAGUGCGCCUGGACGGAGUAUGUUAAAUUUUUACCGUCUGUUUCGGUACCGACAUGCUGGUCGGAACAGGAACGGGAGCUUCUGAAAGGGACCUCGUUACAUGUGGCAGUCACAGCUAAACUUGCAGCUCUCGACGCCGAAUUCCAUGCUUUCAAACUGGCGACACAAAAUAUUGCAUGGUGUCGGAAAGUAUGGUGGGAUGAGAAACGACUGACUUUCUUGGAUUGGUUGGAUUGUGAUGCCUGGCUACGGAGUAGAGUCUUGCAAUUACCGGACCUCGGGCUAUCAAUGAUACCGUUCCUCGACUUCUGCAACCAUCGGUCGUUCCCAAAUUCAUUUUAUGACCUUGACGAUGAGGGAAAUAUUAUUCUAAUACAUAGCUUAUGUGCUCUGGGGCAAAACAGUCAGGUGAUCGAGGAAAUAACCAUCAACUAUGGUGAAGAGAAGAGUGCAUCUGAAAUGGUCUUUUCCUACGGGUUCGUGGAUCUAGACAGGCCUACAGCGUCUUGGAUGGCGUUAGAUCUGAAGGACCACGAAAGCUUAGGAGAUGAUAGCUCGAGUAUGGUUUUCGUGAGGGCGAAGCAGAGGCUCUUGGAUAGCGCGCCAACUUUACUUUUGAUCGAUAUGGGAACGUCAGUCGAAUGGACAAGUGACUAUAUCUGGCUUAUGUGCGUCAAUCACGAAGACGGGUUUAAUAUCCAAGUAAUGCAACAAAACGAUGGGUCUCAGCACUUACAGGCAUUCUUCGAUGACCAGCCGUUGCUCAACCUUGCUUCAUUGGUCGAUCUACUGAGAAUGAAACCAUUGUGGCCAAUCUAUCAGCUGCGAGCAGUAACAUUGGUCGAGGAGCGAGUCCACAGGCAGCUUGCAGAUUUAAACGAGUCGGAUGCCCUGUGUAACGAAUAUAACAGCCAAAAGAUAGUAGGAGACCAGAUAUGGCAUGUUUCUCAGAAUCUGCGAACCCUAGAGAAGGCCUUGUUGGAGAAGACUUUGCUCGUUUUGGGAAGUCAGGUUCGUGACGCUGGUAAUGCGGGGGUGGUGGCAAACGACCCCGACAAUAGAUACCAGAGCGGAUCGGCCACUUAG